CACCCGAGAAAACAAUGCCUCAUGUAAACCCUUCUCCCCCGAAUGAAAUUCCGAAACGCAAAAUGAUACAACUCGCAAACCUCAGAAGUGAACACCUCUUCAAUUCAAGCGGAUUCUUUAGUUCCUUGAUUCCUCCUAGUUUUAAUUCGAUCUCAAGAAAGCCAGGAUAUUCAUUUCUUAGUCGUAAUAAUCAGCGUAGUAGGUAUGCCGGAGUCGUUCGAGCUGUUUCCGCACGCGAUACUCACUACUAUUCUGUUUUGAAUUUGAAAAGCAAUGCCACCUUGCCUGAGAUCAAGGCCGCUUAUCGGAGACUUGCUCGAAAGUUUCAUCCAGACAUGAACAAGGGGCCUGGGGCAGAAGACAAGUUCAAAGAGAUCAGUGCUGCAUAUGAGGUCCUAUCAGACAAUGAAAGAAGAUCUUUAUAUGAUCGAUAUGGCGAGGCAGGUUUACGAGGAGACUAUGAUGGAGCAAAUGGCAGUUCAUAUGAGGUAGAUCCUUUUGAAGUGUUUGGUACAUUUUUUGGCGAUCCAAAUGGGGCUUUUGGUGGGAGGGAUGAAUCAGGAGGUAUGAACUUUAAUCUGAGUUACAAUGGAAGGCAAGGUCUUGAUAUAAGUCAUGAUUUGUAUCUGAGCUUUGAAGAAUCAAUUUAUGGAGCUGAGAUAGAAACUGAAGUUUCUUGUUAUGAGAUGUGUGAGAAUUGUGGUGGAACGGGGGCUAAAUAUAGCAGUAGUAUGAAGUCCUGUACUAACUGCGGAGGCAGAGGUGGAGUGGUGAAAACUCAGAAAACGCCAUUCGGGAUAAUGUCCCAGGUGUCUACCUGCUCAAAGUGUGAAGGUAAUGGAAAUAUGAUCACUGACCCUUGUCAAAAUUGUGGGGGCCGAGGUAAAAUACAGACCAAGCGAACUAUUAAAGUAGUCAUUCCACCUGGCAUUACAGACGGAGUUACAAUGCAACUUCGAGGAGAGGGAAACGUCGAUAACAAAAGGGGUGUUGUUGGGGAUCUCCUUUUAGUGCUUCAUGUUAACAAGAAAAAGGGAAUAAGUCGAGACGGCCUUCAUCUCUACUCAAACGUUAAUGUUGAUUAUACUGAGGCUAUACUAGGAACUAUUGUUAAGGUGGAAACUGUUGAUGGUUUGAGAGACCUUCAGAUUCCUUCGGGCGUUCAGUUUGGAGAUACUGUGAAGCUGCCUCAUAUGGGAGUUCCAGAUAUUAAUAAGCCUUCUAAACGAGGAGAUCAUCACUUUAUUGUUAAAGUCCAAAUUCCAAAACAUAUCAGUGUUGAGGAACGUACUCUAGUAGAAAAACUAGCCUCUAUCAAGGCAUCAAGUACAAAAUACUCAAGUUCAUUCCCAGAGAACUUUAGGAGCCACUCUGACCAAUUUGAGGCUUCAAGGUCUAAAAGCAACAAUGGUACAUCUUUUUGGAAAUCAGUAAAGAGCUUCUGGGGGCAAAAACCAUCAGGAGAGAAGUUUGCAUCGGUUAGCGUGGAUACAUCUGUUUUCUCCAGUAGACUUCCAAGUUCACAGUUGAGUCUCACUCUAUCAAGUGUUCUUAUUUUGACGUGCAUUUUCACGUUGCUGGGAAAAGUUAGUUGCUAUACAGUGUUGCUACAAAAUCAGAAUUCGAAACAACAUAAGAAAAAUGAUAGAUAAUUGCAGCGUCAUGUGGAGUAGGGUCCAACUGUCAUAUGUUUAAGCUAUAGAAAAAAAAUUUGUUCUCUAUAUGUAUCAUUUCAAAAUUAUUCAUUUGACUUUAGUUUAACUCUGUUGAUUUGAUGUUUAAGCGAUAUAUAUAAUUUUAGUUCUCUA